GGUUCCAAGUCUGAGCAGGCAAGAGGAGAGCACCGUCAUUCUAUCAUCCUCAGACUCUGCAGAAGCUGCGUUAUCAACAGAGCAGAAACCAGAGUCUCAUUGACUGGUUGGCAAAUAGAACAAGACAAGGCACAGCAGGAGGACAGACAGGCAUCAUGACUCAGGGCAAGCUGUUUCUUGCAGACAAGACCGCCAAUGGCUCCUCCAGUGGACAGGCUUUGGCGGCACCAGCUCCUCCCAGCUAUGAGGAGGCCACUGCGAGCACCAGUGCUCCUUGCUACAAUGAUGUGGAAAUGCUCACUGAGUUCACUUGGGAUGAUCGCAACAUCAGGAGGAUCUUCAUCCGAAAGGUGUACGCCGUCUUGAUGAUCCAGCUUUUGGUCACUCUUGCUAUUGUGGCUCUUUUCACAUUCUGUGACCCCGUGAAGGACUACAUUCAAAGCAACCCUGGGUGGUACUGGGCCUCUUAUGCUGUGUUCUUUGUCACCUAUCUGACCCUGUCUUGCUGCUCUGCACCAAGGAGACAUUUUCCAUGGAAUCUGAUUCUGCUUGCCAUCUUUACCCUCUCCCUCUCCUACAUGACAGGGAUGUUGUCCAGUUUCUAUAAUACCAAGUCAGUGGUGAUGUGUCUGGGCAUCACAGCAGCUGUUUGUCUUGUGGUCACAGUCUUCAGCUUCCAAACUAAGUUUGAUGUGACAUCAUACCAAGGUGUGCUCUUUGUCUUCUGCAUGGUGAUGUUCAUCUCUGGACUGGUUCUGGCACUCGUCCUUCCAUUUCAAUAUGUACCGUGGUUGGAUACCGUCUACGCUGUCUUGGGAGCCAUACUGUUUACCAUGUUUUUGGCGUUUGACACCCAACUCAUCAUGGGAAACAAGCGGUACACCAUAAGUCCAGAGGAGUAUGUCUUCGCCACUCUCAACAUCUACCUAGAUAUAAUUUACAUCUUUUCCUUCUUUCUGCAAAUCUUUGGAACAAAACAGGAGUAAACCAUCACAUCUACCUUUCUGAUGCACACCUAUGGAAAAUAGGGAGACAUGAUAAGAGUCUUUUAAAAUUUUGGUGAUGGUGGUGACAAGGUUUCCAAUUGCAACAGCUUUAUGUUUUGCGUGAUACUGACAGGGUCACAAAUACUUUGUAAAUUUCAUAGCUUUCACAACCAAGACGUCUAGAACCUUUCCCUACUCUCCAGCAUGAUUGGGAACCCCCACCAGAUUAUGUGGUUAGCUCUCUCGGUUUACCACCCAAAAUCAUUUCGUAACUCGUGAUCAUCAGGCUCCAUUUAACGAUAGAUAAAACAUUCUUUGAGUGUCCAUAAGCAGCUGUAUGGGUGUCUAAUGGUGUCACAGAUCUUCUGCAAAAGAUAGACGUCAAUGCUGUUUAGGAGGUAUUUGAUAAACAGCACAUUAUGCAUGACUCUAACUAUGCCAAGUACAGUAAUCCCAUCAUUGGGCUUUCUGUGGGUGUUAAUUAGUCACUGGAAGCACAAAGGUAACUUUAAAAAACACUUAAAGACUUUCCCUGUGUUUUCGGUUACCUGUCUUAAACAGUUUGAGGAUAGAUGACUUGUUUUCUGGCAUUUAAAUGACAAUCUGAAAAUGUUAUUCAUUGAAUUUGGGAUGUUGCUACUCAUCUUUACAUUCAUUUCGUACUCGUUGUAUACUGUAUGGUCUAUUUUUUAAAUUUUUGCUCAAUUUAACUCUGAAGAUGUCAUUCGUUCACAUUGUCGCAGUGUUUAUUGUUAGUUUGUUAUGUGACUAUGUGUGUUUAAACUUGAUAUCUUGAAAAAUAUUUAGUUUGAUCAAACCUUGAUUAUUGGUAUUAUCUUUUCUGGUCCUAACGUUAUAUGAACCAACAUAGUUUGUGUGAAGUGGUGACACAUGAUAAUUGAAUAUAAACAUGACAGUGCCAAACAUGCAUGGGUUUACUCAAACUUUUGAUAAGGCCUGCAUUUGUGGAGGGGCUUAAAUGCUAUAUUUCAUGACAUAAAGUUUAUUUUUUAAUGACAGAAUGAUCUAUUUCGGAUAAAAUGUUAAAUGGUUUAAAGCUUGAAAUGAAUUUAUUAGUUUUUUAAAGUGACCUUGAAAUAUAUUUAUUUGAUGAUAUUGAUGCAGUAGUUGUAUAUUGUUUUAAGAGCAUUUUCAUUGGUGUUACUGUAUGCAUUCAUUAAAGGGUGAAUGUGGA